UACUAGUCCUUUCACGAUUUCUGCACACGCAGUAGAAAUAGUCACCUCUCACUUCCACAUACAUUCAUGUGAGCAAACCAUCGCACUUUAUGCAUUUUCCCUACAGGAUAACACAAUGGCCUGGAUAUUUGCUGCUGCAGUAUUCAUUUCAGUGUUGAAUACUGCUCUAUGUUUCAAUAUCGACCCCAUGGCUUGGAAGACCUGGGCCAACGGUGCUGCAGGGUUUGGCUACCAGGUGGUGCAAAGACAGUCAGACGUGCUCAUCAGCGCUCCCAUUGAACAGUAUUCACCAUCGGGAAGGGGGAAAAUAUACAAGUGCAAUGACAGCUGCACAAGUCUGCCAUUUGCAGCGCCAGAAUUUGCAGUCAACAUGUCCCUUGGUUUGUCAAUGACGAAUGACCCCAUCUCACAAAACACUAUGGCGUGUGGCCCAACCAUCCCAAAGGAUUGCAAAGGUAUCACCAUGUACAGCGGUGCAUGCUUCCAGAUCGACCGGUUUAAUCGGUUUGGAUCCGUGGUGCCGCCGUCCUCUCCGGAUUGCAGAGCCGAAGCAGAUAUUGCUUUUCUCUUGGAUGGUUCAGGCAGCGUCGACUAUAGAGAUUUUAAAACAAUGAAGAAAUUUGUGAAAACGCUGGUACACCCAUUUGUGGGAAAAGAUACACAGUUUGCUGUUGUCCAGUUCUCUUAUGAUGUCAAUGUUGAAUUGAACUUUCGUGACUUUUUCUCAUCUGGACGUUGGGAGUCGAAAAUUGAUGGAAUAAGUCAAAAAGGCAGCACAACUAACACAGCUAGUGCCAUCCGAUAUGUGGUCCAAGAUGUUUUCACAUCAGCAGAAGGUUCCAGACCAAACGUGAAGAAAAUCCUGAUCGUCAUUACUGAUGGAGAAUCUACUGACAGCCAUAACCUGCAAGGUGCAAUACGUUUAGCUGAGAAUGCAAAGAUUGUUCGAUUUGCUAUUGGGGUGGGGAAUGCGUUUUCUUCCACAAGGGCGAAACAGGAACUGGAACUCAUUGCAUCUUCGCUCUCGACAAACCACGUGUUUCAAGUAGAGAGCUUUGACGCACUUGCUGCAAUAACGAAGAAUUUGCAGGACAAAAUCUUCUCUAUUGAGGGAUCUCAGUCCACUGGAGAGACACUGAAAAUGGAAAUGGCUCAGGAGGGAUUCAGUGUGGUUUAUGUGCCAGGGGGGAUUAAAAUGGGCACUGUUGGCGCCAACCAGUGGAAAGGAGGCUUCAUGGAAUACACGCUAUCAGGCCAGAAGCGGAGUUCAUAUGAGCCUUUGUUCACGGAACAAGACAGUUAUCUGGGUUACUCCAUGACUAUCGCAAGAACCAGACAAGGCCAAUUGACAAUUGUUGGCGCUCCGAGAUAUAAACACAGAGGACUUGUGAUGGCAGUUCAUGGACAGAAGUAUCAGAUGAUUGAUCCCUUUCCAUGGCAGUUUCAAACUGGUGAAUAUUUUGGGGCAGAGGUUCGUGCCAUGGAUGUGAACGCUGACGGAUUCACUGACCUAAUCCUCAUAUCUGCCCCGAUGUACAAGGAAGCUGAUAGAGAGGGAAGAGUUUACGUUUGCGGUUUAGCUCGUUGGAGGGUCGAGUGUAACUUCGAAUCUCCGUUAGUGCUGAGAGGGGAUGAGUCCGACCAGGCGAGGUUUGGCUCUUCUCUUGCUGUGCUGCCUGAUCUCAACGCAGAUGACCUCAAGGAGGUGGCAGUCGGUGCACCUCUGGAGAAUGGUGGUCAAGGCAGCAUCUACAUAUUCCACGGUGAAGGAGGAAGCAGACUCAGUUCGACUUACUCACAGAGAAUUGCUGCCUCUGAAGUUCGGCCACAACUUAGAUUCUUCGGUAUGUCAAUCAGUGACUCGUCUUUUGACCGCAGUGGCGACAGUCUGCCUGACUUAGCAGUGGGGUCAAAGGGCACAGUUGUCUUACUCAGGUCAAAGCCUGUGGUAAUGGUAGAGGUUACUAUGUCGUUCAACCCAAACCAGGUCCCUACAAAAAACCCAAUCUGCGAGAACCCCCUGGAGAACACAGCUCAAAUCUGCUUUACCAUGACCAAACUUAUUACAGUUUCUACAGCUGGAGCAAAGAUCAAUUAUACUUUAACACUGGAUGCCACCCGCAAGGUCCCAAACAACAGAGCUUACAUCCUUGGCAAACAACGAGAGAAGACCGGAUCACUUGAAGUUGACUUAGGAGGGCCAAAAUGCCUACAAGUGAAAUUCUUUAUUCAGGCUUGUCCUCAGGAUGCUCUCAAUGUACUUAGGAAUGAGCUCAGAUUCACUUUUGACGGUAUUCCCUCAACUACAAACCUUAAACCAAGUCUUGCCCAGCAGGCUCAAACCACCACCUAUCAUUCUUUGAAGUUCGAGAUCAACUGUGGCACUGACAACAAGUGUGUAGAUAACCUGAAAGUGGAUUUCAACUUCAACAGCACCUCAGAGUUGAAGAUGGGCAUUGAUGAACUGUUGGACGUCACCGUAUCAGUGGAGAACCGAGAAGAAGACUCCUACAACAGCUACGUGAAACUUACGUACCCAGCUGGGCUCUCCUACAGGAAGUUCACAGGUUUGCAGGGAAGAAUCGAGUGCAACUCCUUGGACAGUGAAGAUGGCUUAUCGCGAGGAAUGACAACCUGCACUAUUAACAACCCCAUUUUCAAGAGCAAAACUAAGGCUUUGUUCACCGUCUCCUAUGGGAUCGAAAGCAACAGACAAUUUGACAGGAAGAUUUUUAUCUCUGCAAAUGCUUCCAGUGAGAAUCAGGAACAUUCGACUUCAAGUGAACUUUACCAAAUGAAAUGGUUGGACGUGAAGUACAGCAUUUUUGUCGCGAUUGAAAGCUUCCUCAGCUACAACUACUUCACAUCUGGAAAGAACGAUUUGCUGAAACCUCACCAGCAGUCAAUUGUGGUCACAAACAACAUCAGGGCGCUGAACUUCACGGUGGUGAUCAAGGUGCCUGUCAAGCUCGGCGAUAAAGACAUCUGGGUGGAUUCCAGCAGUUUGCAGAUUCCAGACUGCCAAAGAGACGCCGACGAAGAACCUACUGUCACAGACUUUGUUGCUAUGAUAAAAGAGAAUAAUGUAGUGGACUGCUCUGUGGCCAGAUGCGGAGUGUUCAGGUGCAGUAGGUUCAUGGGAAGACUGGAGUACAAAAUCUCUGCCAACAUCAGUUCAGUAUGGAUAGAGCAGAUUGGACUCAACUCUGCAAAAUUCCUCUUGACUGGCACGGCUACUCUGGAGUACGACACAAACCAGUACAUCUUCUUUUCUACAGGGUCUCAUAACAAGCCUCCGAUUCACAAGAUUGAAGCCGAGAUAGAAGUGUAUCCGCAACCAGAUUUCACCAAAGAAAUCCUCGGGGGACGGCUGGGAGGGUUAGCUCUGCUGGCUUUACUCUCUGCUGGUCUGUAUAAGGCUGGAUUUUUCAAGAGUAAAUACAAAGAAAUGAUGAAUGAGGCAGAAGCAGCAGCAGAACCAGUAGUGUUGUGCAAGUUCACACCUCUCGUGAACUAGUUCAAAGUUCAGUUCAUACAAGUAAACAUGAAUCGUUCACGUUCAUAGUUCACCAUUUAAAUUCUGAACAAGUUCAUAGUUCAGUUCAUUUCCUAGUUUUAAGGUGGAAAGUGACAAUGAAAGACUUAACUUGUUUUUUAAAGAACUGUAUCCAUCGCUACCACUUGCCUUUUCUGUCGGAAUCUUUAUCAGACAGUGUGUAAAAAUCCCUCAGAUAAUAAUAAGGUGCAUCGAACGUAGUCGCUGAGUCUGCGUCUCUCCUUUCUCUUGCCAUUUGUAUAUGAGACCGAGAGCUGUUGUGUUGCAGGUAUGGCCUGCCCCUUUAAGGAAAGUGUGUAGUGUGACGUAGUGCGUGACGUAGUGCGUGACGUAGUGCGUGACGUAGUGCACGACGUAGUGCACGACGUAGUGCACGACGUAGUGCACGACGUAGUGCACGACGUAGUGCACCUGGGUAUCAUGGGAAAAGACGCUCAAAGUGUGUGUAUAACGAGAAAUGACGGACCACCUAGAGGUGAUGCGAGUGUUGCUCCUGCUGUAUAUCUGAGAAAUAAAGUGGCCAGAGAGGCGGUGGACUAGUGGCAGAAACUUGGACUACUGGCAGAAAAAGGUCUCUGGUUCGAUGCUGGUUCGACUCCACGGUUCGACUCCACGGAGUUUCAACAAAAACUUACCUGGAUGGAAUAACAACAAAAAGACAAACCUGGAUCUGUCCAAAAAAUCAAAAGACUAUUCUCCCUACCCUGUCUAGUGCCCCUGAGCAAGGCUCAGGGGUUUUAGACAGGGUUUAGAUACACUAAAAAAUGUAUCGUAUCGCAUUCCAAUUUAAGAAGCAUAUCCUCCUCCUUAUCCACGGAGUGGAGUUCCGGACGGAUGGUUACCGGCCAGACAGCGAGCCAAGAUAACCAGCUCAGAGCCGAGACACUGGCCAGAGAAGAAAACACUUGGACAGUUGGAAUACGUUGCUUGUUUGGUCUACAUGUGUGUGCGAUGAACCGUGUGUGAAGUAGAGUUAGUUGGUUUAGGUUAGGCUACAUCGCGGACAUUUUAUGGGCACUGAGCAACGACAUGGUCCAAGCAUUCGAUUUAGACAGCGUCUCUCCUCAGGAGAUGGAAAACAUUCCGUAACGUUUUAGCUAGACCUCAGAUAAUAUUGUAAUGGACUGUUAGGUUGAUGUUCUGUUUGACUGCUCUGUGUUUUCUAUGACUUAUGUUCAGCUAACUACACCAUGUCAAUAAGUUGUGAUAUUUCAGUGAACAGGUAGGGGUGGGGCACGUGACAGUUCUAGACCAAUGGCUGUGGGGGUAUGUGAGAUGGCAGGCUCUCAUUGGCUGAUGAUUUGACAUCAUGGGUGAAUGAGGAAGUGAAAUGAAGAAUACGGUGGGGUUUGUUGGACUUUAAUAAAGUUACACAUAA